CCCCGUUGUUUCUGGUUACUGUCAGUCAUCCUCUGGAAAGCCAUCAUACAGGGAACGUCCGGCCGGCCGUGGCUUUUUGGUCGUGGAAAGGGAAAAAAAAAAAAAAAAAAAAGGACAAUUAACAGCUUCGACUCUCAAAACCAAAACAAACUUCACGAUGCCUACGCCAACCUUGUCCGGCACGACCAUCAUCAACCUCGGCCCGUUGACAUCAUGGACCGCCCCGGCGUCGUGCGCCACCACGGCCCCGCCGGUUGCCCUCGCGUUGGCCGCGGUGGAGAGCGUGGUGUACCUGGCCCAGACGUGCGACGUCAACGGCCCCGUGGUCAACGACUGCUUCCCGUCGGCCAGCGCCGUCAACUCGCUGUACCACGCCAGGAAGGGCGGGCCGGAGCGCUUCAACUACCUGGUCCACCACUCCCCGGCCUACGAGUGCCCCUCGGGCUGGGCCACCGUUGCCUACGGCGUGCGCGAUGAGGCCUCGUCGCACUCCCUCAGCGGCAUCUUCGCGGACCCGACGGUCACCCGCACCAACAAGCUGAUCUACGCGACCAGUGUGUCGACCGAGGUCACGACCAUCACCCAGGGGAUGCCCAUCUUCGAGCCGCCGCAGAACCUCUUCAUGUCGGCCUUGGAGCCCUCGGAGACCGUCAUCCUGUGUUGCCCAAGCGGCUACAAGGUCGGCUUGGUCGGCGGCAACUGCUACUCGCCCGUCCCCAGAGAGGCCUACACGGCCACCACCGGCUGCCAGAUCAAGUAUGUAAACGAGGAGACCAUCCUGAUGAAGCCGGUCGAGAGGACGUUCACGUACCACGGGCGGGUGGUCACGGGCAGCGCCUGGUCGGUGGGGGACGAGUCGGUGGAGUACGUCGGGACGACGAUGGUUGUAGACGAGAGCACCCGCACGCUCUACGAAGCCAUCUUGUACACGCCAGCUAUCACCAUGGUGAACAGGGGAUCUGCCGCCGCCGCCGCCGAGACGUCGCCGGUUGUGACUGCGUCGGCCACGCCGUCCUCGACGGCAACGGGGUCGGCACCAUGGCCUAGCACCGGGUCAGGAAGCAGCACGGCUUCUUCGGCGAAGGGAGCGACGCUGGCUGUUUGGGGGGUUGCCCUGCUGGCUGGCGUAGCGCUCAUGGCCCCUGUUUGAUAUCUGGCAUGAGUAACAUUUCUCUCCCUGUCUGUCUUUGUCCAACCAACCAACCAACCUCCUUGAUCUCAGUUCACACACGACAUGGUUGGAACACACUCUAUCUAUAUAGAUACAUAGACAUACAUACACACCAUAGCCUAAAAGAGGCCAAUAAACAUCUAAUAUCAACA